CACACAGCCCCUUUCUCUCUAUCCGCAUAGAUCUCAUCUGAACUAACAACUAUCGCACCCCAAAGCACCUCCCCGUCCGUGUACAUGGUCGUCGACACGCUCGCCGGGUACAACACAGCCGGCCGCGCCGGGCCCAGCGGUACCAGCGUGGUUUUCGCAUUGGACCUGACCGAAGUCUCGACCAUCCAAGGAUCCGCCACGCAACAGCUGACGCUGAGUGAUCUGGGGACAGACUGCCCUAAGUCCGAGCAUGCCUCAUUCAUCGCCACCGCGCCGCCCGACGGACGCUGCCGGCCCGUCCUGGCGGCUCCCCCGGCGGUCAAGUCGUGGGUCUCGCCAUGCAACGGAUGCGGUAACUUUGGUCUGUUCGAUCCCCCUUAUGCCGUCCCGACGCUCGAGGGAGGUCUGGUGCCGGCGCCCGUGACCACGUCCACGUCGGAGCCUGAGACCAAGACGGUGCCCACUGCUGCCCCGACCACCUCCUUGUCACCGGCAGAGGAGACGACAAGUUCUCCCUUCAGUGCGCCGUCGUCGACGGAGGAGGCAACAUCUUCCGAUCAACCAGCUCCCUUUACAACAUCGAGUGCAGCGCCCACAACUAGCUCAAAUACAUCGUCCACGACCGCCUCUGGCCCGUCGUCUGCCAGCGGAAGCUCCAUUUCGGCCUCUGCGCCCGCUUUCACCGGCUCCGCAGCCAGGGAGAUGCCCGGGCUUGCAUGGAUGGUGAUGGGCUUCCUUGCUUCGGCUUAUUUGAUUUGAUGUGAAAGCGCCAGUAUUAUAAACUGAAAAGUGCCCGCACUUAUUAUGAAUAGAUAAGUAAUUACUAGUAAUGAUCUAAAAGAUGAAUACGGACAUGUGACAUGCGUAUACCAUCGAGCUGCUUUUCCCCUCAUUGCUUGUUGUCAAGCUUAUUU